AUGGGCAGCGGGUCAACAUUCGGCAGAAAUGCCUUGCUGAACAUCAACUGGGUUACGGUGGGAACUCGUGGAGGUAUCGCAGUGGCGGCCGGCGCGGCUAUCUGGCUGGCGCUGUACUGGUUGUGGAACCUUGGAUUGCGUGGCCUAUCGCCUGUGGAGAGAGCAUACACACGAAUGAACAGGAUGGGGAUGAUAGCGGGACUAAAGAGGCGCGCGGACCAGACGCCUCACGAGUACGCAGCGAUGCUUUCGGGCACGCUGGGUGAGGCGGCUCCGUCCGCACGGCAGAUCGCCGAGGAGUUUGCAGCCAUACGCUAUACGGGAGGCACACCGCCCGAAGAUGAAGAAGGCGACGAGAUGGAACAGGCAUGGCGCAGCAUUCGGGGCGUGCUGAUAGGGCGCGCAUUCAGAAGGCUGCUGCCCGGAGGAAGCCAAGGAUGA